UUUCAGUGACUCACAAGGAAGGAUGGCGACAAGAUUGAUUGCUGCUAAAUAUGACCUCUGUUAUUAACUGUUUACGCCUUUUGACUUCUCGUAUUAGUUGUUAAACUGUUAAAGAAAUAAUAAGAUGCGCCAUUGACUGGCGGUGUGUGUUCUUGUUUGUCGUGCAAAGCAGUAAAAUAGACUGCAUGUACUGCGUGUGUUCCGUUGGCUGGGCUAUGCAGUGCGGUGUGACUUCGGCCGUCUUGCUUCUCUCCAUAGGCUUUAUGACAAGUGGGUUCGAGGAGUUUGAACCUGAGACUCCAGACUGGAGAAAAACUUUAAAAACGAUCCGGAAUGGCAUCCAUAAGAUAGACACGUACCUCAACUAUGCUCUGGACUUGAUCGGAGGCUCAGAUGGACUCUGCCAAUACAAAUGCAGUGAUGGAUACAAACCUGUUCCUCGACCUGGUUAUAAACUGUCACCACCCAAUGGAUGUGGCUCUCCACUGUUUGGAUUUCAGUUCGAUUUUGGGAUCCCAGCAAUGACAAAGUGCUGUAAUCUGCAUGACCGCUGCUACGACAAAUGUGGACAGGAGAAGCACGACUGUGACGAGCGGUUCCAGGUGUGUUUGGAGACCAUCUGCAGGAAUGUCCAAAUGACACUGGGACUGGACCAGAGUGUGCAAGCCUGUGAGUCGGCGGUGACGCUGCUUUUUGAUGCUGUAAUGCACCUGGGCUGUAAACCCUACCUGGACAGCCAGAGAGCAUCAUGCAUUUGCCGUUAUGAGGAGAAGACUGACCUGUGAAGAGCUGUCACUGGAAAAAGCAGAGACAUCUUCUGAAUGUCUUGGUGGAGUAAACUGAAAGGACUGCACAUUUUGUGUUUUUCCUGCUUUAACACAAUUAAUUGAACCAGUAAAACCCCAGUAAUAAUUUACUGCAAUAAAACAAUCUGGUUAUAUUUAUCCUGUGCAGAUUGUCAUAUUGUAACUAGUCUAACAUAUGCUGUUGAAAAGGUGUUUUCACAUUUUGGAGGCACACAAAGAAGCAUUCACUUGUAUUCUGUGGACCACAUUAAGCUGAUAUGUAUUGACUUUUCUCAGGUAUAGGACUCUUGUCAUUAAAACUUGUAAAAUUACAGAAUAA